GAUCAGCCCUUCGCAGGGAUCAUCACUAACAAAAUCGAUGAUUUUUACAUUUUUAGCUUUUACCAACACUAAUCAAGUAGUACGCUAACUGUUUCAAGUGUCAAAAUCAAAAAUACGUUCGACUUGUAAUAUUGUGUCUCAAAAUUGUGCUUUACAGUAAAAACCUAUAAUCUUAAAACUGCCUAGCAAUUUUCAACAACUAUGGAGUUAAACUUUGCAGAGAUGCUGCAGGGAGCCAAUAAUUAUAGAUGGGUGGCUACAGAGCCACUGCCUCCGAUUAGAGCCAGCGGACGGCCACUUUAUCGCUCCUACAAGAAUACCAAAAGGGUUGAUCGUCUGAAUGAAUAUUAUGUUUUCAUCAUCGAGCAGGGCAGUCAGCAAAUGUUUGUGGUCAAAGAUCUCAGUUUUUUUCAUCAUUUGUUGGACUGUUUUGAUUUCAAUGACAAUUCUGUCGGCAUCAUACGCACGGGACGUAGACUCGCCAUUUUUGAGUCCAGCGAUCCGCAAGUGGAUAACCAUUUUAAGACUUUUAAGGGUAUAAUUUUGGAGUUUCUGUCUUUUUUCGCAAUAGUGUCGUUCGAGCCUCACUCGUCCUAUUUUAUCGAGAAUCUAUCAGGCGCUGGCCUGGUUCACUUUAAUCAAUAUGCCAACUACAUUACACGGUUCGGGACAGAGGCCUCUAGAAUGUUUCCCCAUGGCGAGUAAACUUAAACAAUAUUAUUUAAAAUAUUUACAACCCCAGUAACUAUAAACAAGAAAAACGUAUUUAAAAUGGAUUUCAACAUCGAAACAAAAUCAACAACGAUUACCACCAGCAAGUACCACUGAUCAUAUGGAUUAGGAUGUCCCCAUCACUUUAAAUUGACUUUGUUUUCUUACAGUUUUACCAUUUUAGUUAGUUGUUUUCUUUUAGUUUUGUCAUUUUAGUUAUCAAGGCAUCCCUUAAGCUAAACAAAAACCACGAAAAAUAAACAAUUUG